AAACGCCGUGCACGUGCAGCUUUGACCUCUGAAAACUUAAAAAAUAAAUAAAAAUAAAAAACAGUGAGGAAAUUGCAGUACCAAUUUUGAACCAGUUAAAUUUGGAUUUGACGGAAAGUCCAGUUAUAACUCAGAGCUCAGUGGUUUGCUGCUGUCCCACCGCUGUGGUGCUGAAAUGUCCCCGUCGCUCCUCAUCUCGGUUACUCCUCAGUGGUUCCCAACAUUUUUGCACUUGACCCACAAAAACAUAGCUGCAUACAUAACGUGGAUUCGCAUAUAAAUAGUGCACCACUUCGGGCACUUUGUGUUUGGAGAGCAGCUUUUAACGUGUCUUUUCUAAAAGUUUAUUCGUUAUGCAGAAUUACGGAAAGAGUUCAGGGCAGUGUGUCAGCCCUGCAGAUUAUACGUGUUGUAAACAGACGUGACGUCCUAUAAAGAUGCCAAUGUGUGCAAGAAUAAAAAUAAACUAAAAUUUCCAGUUUUGUCUUUUAGGGGGACCCACUGGUCCGUCCUGAUCAAAUUUGAAAGCCACUGCUCAGCAACUCACAGUCGCACAAACAUAUUUCGAGUUGAUUUUAAGACUUUAAUUAUUUUGAAUAAAUUUACGCUGCAUUGUUCUGCCACGCCUGAGAAAAAUCAGUGUUAUUAAAUUGUCAAGACUCGCUCACAAGUGAAGGCUAUACAGGGUGCUUCUGGGUGACAGCAGCGCCGGGGUAGGGGCUGAGUUGCCAGCAUUUGAGUGUAAUUCCGUAUGGGAGGAGGAUGGGUGGGUUUAAGUGUAGCUGUCAGGUCUUUUCUCCUCACACGCUCCGCUGUGCGCACAGACUGAAGACAAAAAUCAGAGCGCAAUCAAGUCCACCUCUCCAUGCGAUGUGCAGCAGCUUCAACAUUUGUGAAGUGGCUGCCUCACCCGGUCGGACCGGAGGCCGUCUGGUCUCUGAUCUGGUCUCGGGAGUCACCGGAGACUCGACGCGCUCCUCUGUCGGGGCCAGGUUGUCCGCUUCUCGGAUCACACCCGAGCCAACUCGAGCUCUAGCAAUAGAGAUGAUGGAGGGAGACGUCAUGGACAAGCUGGAAGACAUGUCAUCGGUGUAUGACUUCGACCCGAUCACCGGUAACAUCCCCGCCACCAAAGUAGAGAUCACCGUCUCCUGCAGGAAUCUUCUGGAUAAAGACACAUUCUCCAAGUCAGAUCCAAUGUGUGUACUCUACACACAGGGUGUUGAAACCAAACAGUGGAGAGAGUUUGGCCGAACAGAGGUGAUAGACAACACUCUGAACCCCGACUUUGUUAGAAAGUACAUUUUGGACUACUUUUUUGAGGAGAAGCAGAAUCUUCGUUUUGACUUGUAUGACGUUGACUCUAAGAGCCCGGAUCUGUCCAAACAUCCUGCAGAACUCAAUGACUUUUUGGGUCAGGUGUUCUGUACUCUUGGGGAGAUUGUUGGAUCACCAGCCAGUCGACUGGAAAAACCGCUGGGGGGGAUUCCUGGGAAGAAAUGUGGCACUAUCAUCCUGUCUGCAGAGGAGCUAAGCAAUUGUCGAGACAGUGCCACUAUGCAGUUCUGUGCCAACAAGCUGGACAAAAAGGACUUUUUUGGCAAGUCUGAUCCAUUCAUGGUUUUCUACAGAAGCAACGAGGAUGGAACGUUUACUAUCUGCCACAAAACAGAAGUGGUGAAAAACACACUGAAUCCAGUGUGGCAGCCUUUCGCAAUCCCAGUGCGAGCACUCUGCAAUGGAGACUAUGACAGAACUAUCAAGGUGGAGGUGUAUGACUGGGACCGCGAUGGCAGCCACGACUUCAUUGGGGAUUUCACGACCAGCUACAGAGAGCUUGCUCGAGGCCAGAGCCAGUUCAACGUAUAUGAAGUGAUUAAUACAAAGAAGAAAAUGAAGAAAAAGAAAUAUGUCAAUUCAGGAACAGUGACCCUGCUCUCAUUCUCUGUUGAGUCAGAGUUCACAUUCUUAGAUUACAUCAAAGGAGGGACACAGAUCAAUUUCACUGUGGCCAUUGACUUCACAGCAUCUAAUGGUAACCCUUCCCAGUCCACUUCACUGCAUUACAUGAACCCUUACCAGCUGAAUGCCUACGCCAUGGCCCUGAAAGCUGUUGGGGAGAUCAUUCAGGAUUAUGACAGUGACAAGAUGUUCCCAGCUCUAGGAUUUGGAGCUAAACUGCCACCUGAAGGGAGGGUGUCUCAUGAGUUCCCUUUGAAUGGAAACUUGGAGAAUCCUUACUGUAAUGGUAUUGAAGGCAUCCUAGAGGCAUAUCAUCAAAGUCUGAAGACAGUACAGUUAUAUGGACCAACUAACUUCGCUCCUGUGGUGAACCAUGUUGCCAGGUACGCAGCAGCAGUGCAGGAUGGCUCUCAGUACUUUGUCCUCCUCAUCAUCACAGAUGGCGUCAUUUCAGAUAUGGCCCAGACCAAAGAAGCCAUUGUAAAUGCUGCCAAGCUUCCCAUGUCUAUCAUCAUAGUCGGAGUGGGUCAGGCUGAGUUUGAUGCUAUGGUGGAACUGGAUGGCGAUGACAUCAGAAUCUCAUCCCGAGGAAAACUGGCAGAAAGAGACAUUGUUCAGUUUGUUCCUUUCAGAGAUUACAUGGACCGGACAGGUAACCACGUGUUAAGCAUGGCACGACUCGCGAAAGACGUGCUUGCAGAAAUCCCUGACCAGUUCAUCUCCUACAUGAAGAGCCGGGGGAUUAAACCCAAUCCUGCACCACCUCCCUACACACCACCUGGACACACACACCACCACACACAAAUCUGAGGCCCUCUUCUUGGCGUUUUACUGAAGACUGCUAGCAUGCCGCAGCCAAUCAGAGUCCAAUGUGAACUCUACCUCUUAUUUUUGGGGGUGUGAAUAACAAACAGCACGGCAGGAAAUUGGUGUUGAAUUUUGUGCCGUACCCUGCCAGUGACAACAGGAGCAUUUUCUUUGUUUUUUUAAGUUUUUUUGUUCAUUUUUUUGUUGUUUGUUUCUUCUGUGGUGCAUUUAUUUGUAGUCUCUCUUCAGUAGAGACUAACCAAAAUUUUCAGGACUUGUUGGUGACAGCCUUUCAGGCACUGACUGUUUCACAUCUAAUUUGACAGCAGGUUGGUUCAAAAAGGUCAUAUUGUGGUUAAAACUUGUGCCUGUUUGUGGAUGUUUCUCUAAAUGUAUCAGGACAUGUGAACUUUGACCCAAGCCUUGCUCGUCAGUCAUUGGUGUGGCCUAAUACAGUGAUAUUUUUAGGCACCUUUUUCCUUCUCAACAAGUUUUUUAUAUUAGGGGAUUAUCUCUGUACUUGCUAAUACAAAAGUUACAAUGCUUUCUAAUCACCACCACCUCCUGUCCCUAUUUAUUAAGUAAAUGUUUAUAAGAGCAUGUUGUAUGAGAAUUUAACACCCAGUCCCAGUAUUUAUCCUGAAAUAUAAUUCAAAGUGGCAUGGACAUUUGAUAGUUUUGAUCUGAACACCAUAAAAACUUAAUCCAUUUGAAGGGGUCACCUACUAUUCUUUUCUAGUGACUGCAUAUGAAAAGCACAACUCAAUACCCAGUACAACAAGAUUAUCCUACCAGAGUGCUGCUAUUCAUUCAUUUUCAAAAAACUGUUUUUUUGUUUUGUUUUUUGUUGUUUUUGUUUUUUAUUUUCAUGCAGGUGAAAUACUUUUGCAAUGC